AUGUUCCUGGGUCUGAUGAGUGUCCUGCUCGCUUGCCACAAACUGCAGGCAGUAUAUCCCUUUCCGAAGGAACUUGUUCUCUUCCAUGUCAAUUUUCAGGCCAUAAUCCACAAGAAUAUUUUCGACCUUGACAAGCAUCCGGAGCAGCUCUUCGUCAACACGGCCAACGACGAAAAUGCCAUCCAAGUGGGCAACGGUUCCGGUAACAUUUGUGGCAUGAUGCCCAGAAGGCUAUAAAAUACUUUAGGCGCCGUUCUGAUGACAUAG